UGUUUGCAUCCGGGAUGCACUAAAUUUUUUUCCGCAUCGUCUUCCUCGUCGAGUCGUCGUCUCCCCGCCGUCUCGUGCCCCAUUCGCCGCAGAAAUCCCUAGCUUCCACGAUCCGAAGAAUCCCUAACCACUCCACGAUCCCCUCCCUGCUUCUCCGAUCAAUGGCUGAUCAGCCUCGGCGGCGAUGGGCGGCGGCGGACGACGACGUCCUGCACGAGGUCGCCCGCCGCAUCCCGUGCGAGCUCGAUCGCCGCCACAUGAGUCGCGUGUGCAACUCCUGGCGCGUGGCGCUCGCGAAGCUCGAGGCCCCGGCGCCGCCGCCUCCGCUCCCGUGGCUCGCCCUCCCUGAGUCCGACGACGGGCUGCCCGCCACCGUCUCCUGCAUCCUCAGCGGCUGCCGCGCCCACGCCUUCUCCGUCCUUCAAGGCGCACACGGCGCGCGCUACUUCGGUUCGUACGACGGCGGAUGGCUCUUCCUCGCCGUCGGCGGCCAAGCUCGACGCCAAGCCCUCCUCAACCUCAAGAUCGACGGCUUCCAGACCCUCGACCUCCCCAACCUGGCCCGCGUCAACUCAGUGUACCCGAAUGAAGUGAAUCCGAACGGUGACCGUGAGAUGGCCAUCGUCGCCGCCACCCUCUCGUGCCAGCCAACUGAACAAGGAUGCAUCGUCGCCGGCAUCAUCGAAUCAUCCCCCAACCUCGUCGCCGUUGGCCAUGUCACUCGGAGCAUUGCGUUCUGGCGCAUGGGCGAUCAGGUGGUCUUACCGGUUUUCUGGGCACUGGAGAAGGACAACCCAUUGAUGUGGCUAGAAGAAGUGGAGGACCUCCUAUGCCACAAUGGAGCCUUCCAUUUCCUCACCCGAGUGGAAGACGUCCUUGCGUGCGAAGAACCACCGGUCUUCUACAGAGAUUCAGUGAGCCUGGUCCCGGUAAACAUGUUCUUCCUGCCGCGCGUCCACGACGAGGACGAGACGGUUCUUGCUCGCUACCUCGUGGGGUCCGGCAAGAAGCUGCUCAUGGUGGUCAGGCUAGCUAGUGGCCGGGGUCAGCGGCGCACGACGUCGGCGUUCCGGGUGUUCCAGAAGGAAAAGUUCAACACCGUCGAAGAAGACGAGCCGUCCCAGAAUCGCUCUGCUCAUUUUGAGUACUACUGGAGCGAGCUGGACCUGGACGAGCUCGAUGGCCGGAUGCUGUUCGUCGGACGAGGCUGCUCCAGAUCCUACGAGGCGGGUGAUGGCAGGUACCCCGGCAUGGGGGAGGGCGUCUACUUCUUGGAUGAUCCGAGCAUCCACCAGAUGAUCAGCGGUGAUGCACCCAAACAGCCGUACCUCUGCAGCGACAACGGCAAAUGGUCGAAAGCACCAACUGAUCCCCAGGGCCAGGUCGAGCGCUGCUUCCCGGAGCGAGGCCCAUCGAUCCACUCGCCUCCGGUUUGGAUUCUCCCUUGAGUUGAGAUCGACGACAGGUUUUCGAUCGGCAAACGUUGCGCGAUCAACAAGGUCAAGUUAAUUAGUUUCAUGCCUUGAUCUACAUUGUGUCGUUUGCUUCUUCUCGCUGAGUUCAAUGGUACUGGCCAGAGUUUGUUUGUGGUGUACUCCGUAAGCACUAAGCAUAAGCUGAUGAUGAACAGGAUCAGAUGAUACUUGCUGUUGGUUCAGUACCAUUCUUCAUUGCGUUUCAGUGCAUUCAGCUACACUCUGUUCUGUUCAAUUUGCAAUUCCGAUUCAAGAUUAUGUCGCCGAUUAGUAGAUAGACAGAAUGGCCUGCAUUUGUUUCUGGCGUAAGCUAGUGAUGAAGCAGGAAUGCUGCAAAAUGAUACUGUACUACCUGCUGUUGCCUGCCUGUUGGUUCAUGUGAAGUGACUCGGUGCAUUCAACUACACUUUACUCUCUUCAACUUGCUUUUCAGUUCAAGCUUCUUUAAGUUGUACUGAAAUUUUAAUCUGCAUCUCAAACUCUGUGGAAUAUUAUAGAUGUGAUAAUCUGUGACACCUGCAGAUUGUACUGCUUCUUUAUGAUAGCUAGUUGCUGGCAUGAUGAUCAUAUUACACUGCUAAUAAUCUACACUA